GACGUCACUGACGCACCGACCCGGCCCGACGGAUUCCGACGGAGCGUCGCGCGCGCGAGCGAGCGAGCGAGGCGGAUAAAAGUCUAAGUUCGUCGGGGAGAACGCGCUUUUUACCUCAUCCGACGGGCGAGGGGACGCGCCGAAGCCGCUUUAAAGCGUCGGGAAUGUCACGGGCGAACUUCCUGUCGAGCUUCAUCCGCCUGGAGUUUCUCUGAAGGAUGUCGGUGGGGUUCGGAGGAGCGCUUUGAAGAUGAGCGUGACGUCGUGGUUCCUGGUGAGCAGCUCCGGCACGCGCCACCGCUUGCCCCGGGAGAUGAUCUUCGUGGGCCGAGAGGACUGCGAGCUCAUGCUGCAGUCUCGCAGCGUGGACAAACAGCACGCCGUGAUCAACUACGACGCGUCUACAGACGAGCACCUGGUCAAAGACUUGGGCAGCCUCAACGGGACCUUUGUGAAUGACCUUCGCAUCCCUGAUCAGACCUACAUCACCCUGAAUUUAUCGGACGUCAUCCGCUUCGGAUAUGAUGCACACAUAUACAUCCUGGAGAGAAGCCAACACAGAGUGCCCGAAGAAGCCCUCAAGCAUGAAAAAUACACCAGUCAACUUCAGCUGGGUCAAGAGACGCCGGAAACCAAGAAACACGUUCAGACCGAUGAGAAACGGCGAAACUCUGAUGCAUUUCGUGUCAAAUCAGACAAAACGGAGCGCAAAAUCAUCACAGAUCCGUCCGUGUCCAGACCCACUCCUCUGUACGGUCAGCCGUCCUGGUGGGGUGAGGAUGAUGAAGAUAAAGCUCAGCGCUGUGAUCCGAGCGCCCAGGAGCCUCACACAGAAAACCACGCAGACGGAACCAAACGAGAGCUCUGCGCUUCUCCAGAUGAACUUCACGAUGGCCAGGGCAAGUCCGCUUACCCUUACCGCAAGGAACCGAGUUACUUUGAGAUCCCCACGAAGGAGAUCCAUUCAAAGGGCAAAGCUGCUUCCCAGGAGGUCCAAGAGAUUCCCACCAAAGACACGGACCACAAAAAGCCUCCCGCCGCGUCUCCGGUGGUCCAGGGCCACGCCUCCUUCACCAUCGAGUUCGACGAGCAGACCCCUGGGAAGAUGAAGAUCAAGGACCACGUCAGCAAGCUCUCCAUCCGCCCGCACAGAAACCCCAGAACCCCCAGCAAAGAGUCGAUAGCCAGGCUCACGGAGGUGAUGUCGGUGGAGAACAAAGUGGCUGAUUGGUUGGUUCAGAGUGACGCCACGAUGAUGAAGAGUCUAGAAGAGCAGUCUGGGUCAGACGAGCUCCUGAACAAGACCUUCAAAGAAGCACACCAUCAUGAAGACCCUGAUUUUGAAGAACCGGAUGAAUCACAAAUGAUCAAUCAACAACUGGAAGGAGAAGAUUACCCAACUAACUACACUCCAAAAAGCCAAGGCAAAUCGGAUCCCCAGCAAGCUUUUGUGAUCGAGUUCUUCGACGAUACGCAACGGAAAAAACGCUCGCAGUCGUUCUCCAAUAACAUGUCUUCUCCCGACUUCCAGUCUGUUCUCAAAAGCAAGUUAGACAAACGGAAAGUUGGAGAGCGGUCAUCGCCAUCCGGCCAUAAUCCACCCACUCAGCAGUUCACGAUUCCCCUGAAAGGUUCAGAUGGUCCUCAGCGGGCCGGAUCCUUCCGGCGGGAGAAGAGCGAAGUCCGUUUGAGCACGUCUGACUUCAGCUCCCGCUCUUCGGCUAAAACGUUCGGCAGCGUCGGCCGAAGAUCCAAACUGUCGCAGGACUUUGCUGCGGAGUUGCUUAGGGUAUCGAAAACCAGUUCUGCUCCCGCGUGGGACCCCACUUGGGUGAAGGCCUCGCCUUCGAACGCUAGGUCCUCGGUGCCGCAGAGUUUUCCUGCUGCAUCUCAUACAGUGAAUCAGUCAAACAAAUCUCCCUCUGCACCCAAGGAAGACGACCGUACGGACAAACCAUUGGUUCCCAAGCAGCAGGAAGAGGAGGACAGUUUAAGUGAUGCAGGUACCUACACCGUGGAAGCUGAAAGUCCAGACAAAGAGGUUGUGGAGGCACGGAGCCUGAUCGAUCAGGUGUUUGGUGUUGGCGACAACAGCCAAACCUCAGCAGCAGCAACAGUUAAUCCUAUAAUUGGUGUCACUGAGGGUCAUGAUAGUCUUCUACUCAGUGAAAAUAGCUCAGGCCCAAAACUGGGUCAAUACUCAACAGAACUUAGUGACACAGCCAAGGGUCCUGUACAGAUACAGUCGAUGACGAAAUUAACGCCCGGAGGCACUAGAUGGGUUUCUCGCUGGGCCAGUUUGGCUGAUACCUAUUCAGACUCUGGUCCUGCUUCAGGACUCUUCGAGAUCCCAACACAAGUUGAUCUUUCCGCCGGAGCUGGUGAAAGAAUCAUCCACCAGGUUAUGCUUAAUCGAAGUGCUGACUCUUUAGAAACAGGCCAAAGCGGCAGAUCAAGACGAGUUCUUCCUCAGGUUCCUUCUAAGGAAAAAAUCGAGACCCCACCGCCAGCAAUACACAUCCAAACGGAGACAUACCUGCCCGGUGUGGAAAAGAGUUCACAGGUUCAAAAGCAAAAGUGGGAUCCGCAGAAACUAAGCGUCCAGGAUGAUCUAGAUCCAGACAGCCUAAGUGAUGCCAGCAAAUCCGAUGAUGGCUCUGUAGUUGAGCAAUGCAGAAAGACUCCUGAUUCAACCCAGAAGAUGUGGAACCGGUCUGUGAAGACCACUCAAGAAGACCAGGAUUCGACUCCCAAGUUCUCCACAGCGACAUUAACCCGACAACAUGGCAAACUUAGCAAGAGCGACUGUUCACCACCCAGCAUCGAUCAACCAGAUGACUCUGUUGGAGAGAAUUUAGUGUCCAUCGUUAGACAAGAAAGUUACACCAAAGAAAGGGCCAGCAGCGACAUCCACUUGUCCAGAUUGCCUCAGAUAUCUAGUCAGCUCUCUAGUAAAGAUGCUUUUAAAGGUAUAAGCAAACAAGACACUCAGUCUUACCUCAAAGACACCGAGGACGUUCUAGCAUCUCUGGAAGCAAAGCUUCUGGAGCAAAAACAGCAGCAAGACAACAACGGUCGCUCCCAUAUAGAGGACUCCUUCUCUGGAGAAUCGGACACUUCUAGUACAAUCAGUGGGAAAAAUGCUUUAGUUUCUGUUCCCAAGAAGCCAGUGGUCCUCAGAGGACUCUUAAGAGGUUCCAGAGAACCUAAGACUUCUGGUGAUCCAUCAUGCCAAUCCGGGAUUAAGAACAGCAAUGGCAAGGUAGACCCAAGCAAGCGUUUUCAACUCCGUCGAAACCUUAGUUCUCAAGACUUUGGGCAAGAUCUUCCAAAUUCCACUACACGGCACUGGCCAGACGUCGUCUCCGACCAAGAAUCAAGUUCCCAACCUUACAAAAAGUACACUGUCCCUCUUCAGAAGGAUGGCACGAGCAAAUCAAAAUUGAACAAUGCUCUAGCUCGCUCCAAUAGCCUCUCUGCUCCGAAACCGACAAGGGCUUCAAUGCUUCGCCGUGCCCGUCUGGGUGAAGCCUCUGACAACGAAGGCACCGAAACCGAUCGGACGUCUCAAAACUCCGACGCCAACCCCUCGGCAAACAUUCGAGGUGCUCAGGAGAGCAAGAAGCUUUCUCGGUUGGACAUUUUGGCUCUUCCCAGGAAAAGGACCGGCUCCUUCAACACACCCAGUGAUACGGAGUCUUCCACGAGCCGGACCGGUUUCUCAAACCGUAGCACCGAGUCAAGCAGCUCCGUGCGGAAAGCUUCAGUGCCAGAUCCUAAGGCUCUUCUGCGUAAGGUUUCGAACGCCGCGAACAGACAGCCAAUCAUCCGCGGUCGCUCAAGCAGUGCCAAAUACGCCAGUAGCACUGCCAGCUCCAGGAGGCGUCAGAAGGGUUCAGACUACGCCUCCACCUCGGAGGACGAGUACGAGUCUAACCAUAGCACCCCUAAACACAAACGCUCCCAUCAUUCAGGAUCCCAGCAGAACCCCAGAACCCAUCCGCCGGGUCCGGUGCGAGCCGUGCCCCGCUCCAGGGACUCCGAGGGGGAAGGACACGAGAGCGACGCCUUCCAGAACUGGACGUCUCAUAGCGCUGAGAUCGCCAGAUUGAGUCAAGACUUGGCCAAAGAUUUGGCGAUCCUGGCCCAAGAGAUUCAUGAUGUUGCUGGAGACACAGAAGCUCAGAGUGCUCCAACAGACGAGAUGGGACCGGCCAUAUCUACCCAUGAAGAGUUGCGGCACCAGAUUCCCGAAGCCAGUCUGAAUUUCCCGAAGGAGUGUCCUGCUGCGGAGCCGAGCGACGAGUCCGAGCCGACCGCGGACGAGGUCGCACUGAACAACGUGAUGCUGAAUCCGGUGUCUCAACUGUCUCUCGCCAUCCGGGAAAACACAGAGCAACUGACGGAGAAAAUCAAGGCUUUGUUUCACAAUAAAAUGGACGUUUUGGGAGAAAUUGAAGCAAAAAUCAAUGAGGCUGAUGAUUCUCCAUCUCUAAAAACAUCAAACAAGGAAAUUGCAUCAAUUCUGAAAGAGCUGCGGAGAGUCCAGAAACAGCUGGAGGUCAUCAACGCCGUGAUCGAUCCCCGAGGAAACCCUGUCCCUUGGCCCGGGCCCCGUCCCUCCAGAGCGGCGUCCCGUGACGUGAGAGCGUCUCAGCGAGGCGGACGGAGGACGUUCAGGAGCUCCGAGCGAGACGGCUCCCUGGUGUGACCCCCGCGCCGGUCCCCGUCCUCUCUGAUCAGUAUUUGCACAUUUUCUAUUCCCCCGAGCUUGAGGAGAGCGCGGAGGUUGGCGUUAGAUGUAAAUACACGCUUACUGAUUAUUAUUAUUAUUAUUAUUUUUUUCUCUUUCUCUUUAUUUGUGACGGUCAAGUAAUUUACAUGAUUAUUUAAAUGUCUUCUCGUCUCUGUUGGACAGGGUAUUUCUGUGUUAAAGAUCAUUAAAGUAUUCAAACCUGA